CAAUUGUUGGUAAAAUUUGAUGUCUUGAAUUAUUUUUCUUGAUGCAGGUCGUAAUCUUAAAUUUUUCGUCGCGGCAUGCAGUGCUUUAUAUCCGUCGACUAUAUGCGAUUAUUACUUGCAAUUAUUACUUCGUUCGCGAGAGGGGUUACUAUGGCCGCGCUAUAUUAACUCUGUUGCAGCAUAUACAGUGCGCCGUAUACAGUAUCUUCACGUGGAUAGCGAGAACAUGCGCACGUUCGGCGCUCACUUUCGAGUGAAUAAAAGCCCGCGCGGCCAGCGCGACGGGCUUAGUUCAAUCCCGUAGGCAAGGGAAAUCAUCCUGCCGAGCACGAAGAGCGUCUCGACAGUUGGAUUCUGAGUGACUAGUUGAUCGAUUGAUUUAUUGAUCGGUCGGUCGCACGAGAAAACAGUAAGCAGCUAGCGGGAUCAGAGCUUAUAUCUCGUUAUGAGUGUUUCUUUGUGAGAGCCCAUUUGGAUUCUAACGCGGAUUCACGCACACAACACAGGAAAAUUACGCGGAGUAUUCACAAUUUACGAGGAUAUCGCGAUUAGAACAUACGUAGUUGUGCAAUAUGCUGCGGACGAUUCAUCGCGUACAGUUAAUGACUAAGUUGAUAAUCAGUGGAGAAUAAUUGCAGAACUAAAUACGGAAAGUAGAACAUAGUUUUCAGCGACAAUUCUUUGCAUCUGCGAGAUCGCGUUUGUGGUUUGCUCGCCGCAGAAUAUUGUCUGUGAUUUGACAAAAGUGACCAGUGGCAUACGGCGACUGUUAUCGCAUCACUGUGUUUGAAUCGUGGACAUACUAUACAUACGUACACACAUAUCUACACAUCGAGUGCCGAUCAUUUGAGCCCUCGAUCGAGAACGCUCAGUGCGAUAUCCAGCAACAUGGAGGACUUGACACAUCGGUUGACUGAACUGAGCGAACAUUAUCAGCACCGCCUUCGGCAACAUUAUCAUUAUCAUCAUUUUCGUCACCAUCGCGGUACGACGCCGGUAUGCGAGUUUGGCGAUGACGAGUGCAGUACCGAUAGCGGCUGCAGCAGCAGCGGCAGUAUUAGCAGCGGCGAGCGACUAUUUUGUCAGAGCAGCGAUGAGCGGCCUGAUAGGUUGGUUAGGUCGCCACGUAGCCACUGCUACCAGAAGCAGCUGCGGACGACUUACCGGUCAACGCGGUCACAGGAUCGCGGCGUGCAACGUUCCUUGGAGCGUACCUGGAGCCCGAAGGACAUGCGGAGCUUGCCCCGAGACGGUGUCUCGCGCUUGUCAUACUCCUCCAGCCCAUCAUACGCGCACAGCAGCAGCGACAGCGAAUCCCUUAAAAGGUCCUCCACCACGGAGACGCUGAGACGAGCUUUCGAAAGCUUGAAAAUCAUUUCGUCCAAGCGGGACGCCGCAAAGGAAAAGAAGCACGUAAAGAAGAGUCCAAAAAGAAUCUUACGUAGUCCAAUACCCUACAUAUAUGUACGUGGCCUGUCCGGCUUGCCGACUCAGAGAGUUCCUAGAAACGGCCUCCAACAGAGGUUAUAGAUUGGCGAGGAUUGUCGCAAGAAGGAGCCGGUAGAGACGGAUAUAAUAUAUCCGCCGUGGCAUAAGUGCGUUACGUUACGUGUGCAAACGUGAUGAUAUAACAACCAUGUAUGUACGUGCGCAGGACGAUCGUUGAUGUGACGUGAGGAAACAGUAUAAAAGAGGAGACUGAACAGAAAAAAGAGAAAAAUAAAAGAUAAAAAAAUGAAAAUCAAUUAGUCAAGAUUAAUCGUUUUGUCCAUGUUGAAUAUAAUUUACGUUAAAAAUAAAUGUUUCUCAUUUUAAUCCGCGUAAACUUUUUCCUCCUUCUUUCCUCUUCUCUUCCAGCGAAUUUCGUGACAAGCGGAGUGAUCGAGAUUUUUCAAAAUUUGCGGAGAGAUAUAUUGAACUUUGAUAAAGCCUCAACAUUUAAAGUAAGCUAACUUAUGUCAUAAUCAUAUCUAUUUCAGAACAUUUUAAUUCUUUUUUGUUUUUGUCGUCACGAAAUGUCAAGUUUUGAUAUUGUUGACAAAAAGCAUCAUACAUGAUACAUCAUAUAUGAACGUUAUAAUGUGAA